AUGCCCUUAUAUGGGCUCAGCCAUGGAACAUCUUUGACAGGGGAUAUCGGCGAAAGGGAGAAUGCCCGCGCAAGAUUGGACCCCAGAGUACGAUCUAGCCACGACAGACAGGUUUCCAGGCACGAGUUAUCGCAGCAUUGCCAGCAGGACGACUGUUGGAUGGCUAUUCAUGGUAAGGUAUAUGACGUUUCGCGAUACGUGAAGCUGCAUCCCGGAGGCGCACAAGUAAUGCUCAAGUACGGGGGACGCGACGCGACGGCCGCGUUCGACGAUGUGGGACACACUUUUGAGUCGCUCAUAUACGAUCUGGAGCCCAGGGAGUGCGUCGGCGUGCUCGACUUGCCCGCGCCGCAUGCGCGGCGCGAGCACGAGACCAGACGCGUGCCUGGCGAACCGCCACGCUGGGACCAUCUCUGGGAAUGGGUGCGCGGGUCACCGGAGCCGGUUUUGCCCCGCGAGAUUGUCGAUACGAGUUGGGAACCAUCAGAGAAAACCUCCAACUUCUACGAGGGCAGUGACGACUCAGAUCUGAACAAACAGAGUUUUUUGCAUAGAGCCUUGCGCAGGAUCGCGAGCAAUAGUGCGUUGAGCGCGCUAGUCAUUUGCUGCAUGCUGGUUCUGGUUUAUUUGCGGAUGCGCUGGCCGACCAUGGUCGAGCACGUGGUUGCGCAUGCGUCAGAGCACGUGAGCACAUCUACUAGCGACGAAAUACCACGUUGGAGCAUCAUGGAGUCCUAA